AGGAAAUGCUUUCACAUCUCAGAUGCUGCUGCUGCUAACCCAAGGAGAAUGUAAAUGAGCAGCAAGUGGAAAGGUGCAUGCGUGCUUCCUUCCCCUCCGGUCCUUACUCUGACCGACUGCCAUUCAAGCACAUUCAUGCGAUCUUCUGACUGCCAGCAUCACUUUGAAGCCAGCACCUGGGGACGGGGGAGCCAGUGACAGAGGAUGGGAUGCUGCAGCCUGAGUGCCAGGCAGGCUGGGUCUGCAGGAGCAAGCCAGGACGAGGUGGAGCUAUUGAAGACAGGCAGGACCAGAAAGUGGUCCAUCUCAGACGGCCAGAGCGAGGGAUCCCUCCAGCCUAAGGACCCUGCAACCCCCACGGAGACAGAAGAGGCAGAAGCACUGUGGGGAAGAACACGGGAGGAACUGCUGCACUUGUUGAUCACACAGCCCAUCACUGGCUGGGAAGGGACCAACAUCCACUCUCUUGGGGAAAUUGUUUGGUCCUCCCGGGUUUUUCUGAGGAGUUACCGCAUGGAGGAGAUGUGUGAGCGCUACGUCGUGCUGGCCUCCUUACACUUGCUGAUUCUUUCUGUGGAUCACACAAAGAAGACAUUUGUUUACGAGGGGCUCCUUCCUCUUGCUGGGAUGCACCUGAGGCAGAUUGUGAGUGCCAUCAGCUACACGUUUGAGAUUUCUGGGGCCAUGAUAGAAUCCCGGCUCAUUUGCUGCCAGAAUUCAGCCGACUUCGACAUGUGGAUUCGACACCUCCAGCACCAAAUCAAGAUGGCAAAUGCCAGCUGCCCCACCAGUCCCAACAAUAACAUCUCUUUCCUGAUGCCAUGUGAUGAACACUGGAAGAAAAAGGAGCUGAUGAGACAUCUCUUGUGCAACACCAUUCUGAAGUGGGAAGGAAAACCAAUCCAGCAUCUGGGAAGGAUUCAGUAUUUGACCAUGGUGCAAGUGGCUACUGGCUGCACAGGGGACUCCAAGGAAAGACUGCUGCUCCUGUUUCCAGAAGACCUGCUUUUCCUCUCUGUGGAUAAGGAGAGAACUGCAAUCACAUACGAGGGAAAACUCCCCCUAACUGGAAUCCAGGCAAAGGAGAAAUCCACUGUGCUGGGGAGGUUACAGUUUGAGAUUACAGGAAGCCUGACUGAACCAAUCCUUAUCACCUGUUCCACAGCAGAGGAUUAUGAAAAAUUCCUCUUCCACCUACAGAAGCCAGAGAAAAACCUCGAUUCACUGUCACUCCAGCCACCACCAAGCAUCCCUAAGAAAUCCUGGCAGCAUCACUAGGACAUCAGCAUGCACUGACAGGAAGACGGUAUGUUGAAUAUGAUCCCAACAGAAAGUGAAGAAGCUGCACGAAUGAAUAAGAAUGGACUGGAAACUGGAAACCGAGCUUCUUUCAGACUGAGAGGUGAAUAAGGAUCUGCACAUGAAUUACUCUGCACUGGCUGCUGUUUUGAAUGGACCAUUGCAAUCUAUGUGGGUCCCUGUGACUCCGACCUCAGCUGUACAUAUGCCUUACAGAGAAAUCCUUCUCAAUUUGCUUCCUAUAUUUAUUGCUUGAUUCUUCUCAGGAAAAAGAAACACUGUAAAAUACUGUGUAAAUACUACAAAUAAAACCCAUAAUCCUGAGCCUAAA